UCAAAAAUGUUUAUUGGCAAAUCCUUCGGAAGAAGGUAAGCGGUGUAAAUAAUCUCUUUUGGGCAAGUUUUAGUUGGGUUUUUGGCUAAAAAUGGAGACAAUACUUGAACAGCAGAGACGAUAUCAUGAAGAGCGAGAGCGUUUGAUUAAAUUAAUGGUGGACGAAUACGUUCAGAAGCGGCAAACGGACAGAGACAAAAUCUAUUCAGAACAUCGUCUGAAAUAUCUCCUCGAGCUCCAUCAUCAUGCUACCGCGAAGCUGCGUGAACUAUAUGAGGAUAAGGACAAUGAAAGGAAAAACGAAGUGCAAGCGCUCUCAGGUCCAAAUGAGUUUAGUGAAUUUUACGCUCGGUUGAAGCAAAUUAAAGAGUUUUAUAAGAAGCAUCAAAACGAAAUCAGUGUUCCGUUGUCAGUGGAAUUUGAGGAGCUGACAAAGGCUUACUCAAAUCCAGACGAAAUGAGUGCUCUUGUGGACUUCACCGACGAGGAAGGGUUCGGAAAAUAUCUUGAUCUGAACGAAUGCUACGAGAAAUAUCUAAAUAUUCGUGGAAUAGAAAAAGUUGAUUAUAUCACGUAUCUGAUGACAUUCGAUCAUGUCUUUGAUAUUCCCAAAGAUCGUAAAAACAUGGAAUAUAAGAAGUAUUUGGAAACAAUGAUUGAAUAUUUACACAACUACGUCCAGAGAAUUAAACCUUUGCUAGAUUUGGAUGCAGAAUUGCAAAAGGUUGAUAAAGAAUUUCAAAAACAGUGGGCAAAUGGAACAUUCCCCGGAUGGCCCAAGGAAACAGAAUCCGUGUUAGCUAAUACGGGUGCCCAUUUAGAUCUAUCUGCAUUUUCCAGUUGGGAGGAGUUAGCUUCCUUAGGUUUGGAUAGAUUGAAGUCCGCUCUGUUGGCGCUCGGUUUAAAAUGUGGUGGCACAUUAGAAGAGAGAGCGCAACGACUAUUCUCCACCAAGGGUAAAAAAGUGUUAGAUCCAUCCUUGAUGGCUAAGAAAACAGGCGGCAAAUCAAACAGCCGUGAAUUGGCUCGUCAAAAAGAAAUUGCUGCUCUAGAAGCGCAGCUUUAUCGCUUUGCCGAAUUCGUUUCAGAGCAAAGAAGCGCAACAAAAGAAAAUGUUCAACGUAAACAGGCCCGAACGGAAGGCGAGCGUGAAGAUAGUGACGCAGAAGCUAGUGAAAGUGACAAUGAGGAAGAAGACAACGAUGAUGUGCCCUACAAUCCUAAGAACCUUCCUCUGGGUUGGGACGGCAAGCCAAUUCCCUACUGGUUGUAUAAAUUGCACGGUCUGAAUAUAAACUACAAUUGCGAAAUUUGCGGAAAUUAUACUUACAAAGGACCAAAAGCUUUCCAACGACAUUUCGCUGAAUGGAGACAUGCCCAUGGUAUGCGAUGUCUAGGCAUUCCUAAUACGGCGCAUUUCGCAAAUGUAACACAAAUUGAAGACGCAAUUACACUUUGGGAAAAGCUAAAAACACAGAAACAAGGCGAACGAUGGAUUCCCGAUCAAGAAGAAGAAUAUGAGGAUUCACAAGGAAACGUGGUCAACCGCAAGACUUAUGAAGAUUUGAAGCGACAGGGUCUUCUGUAGAGAUCAAUUUUACUAUUUUAUUCACUUGAAUUGUAAUGGUACCAUCAUAAUCAACCAUUUCGCAUAAUUUGUAUAACAUUAGGAGAAAUAAAUACUGAAGCUGGUAGCUUGCAGCGUUCAUUUCAAAA